UUCGCCGGCGUUGAAAAUAACAAUAUCUGUGAUUGGUUCACAUUUGCCUGACGUAAAAGGUCAAAGGAUAACGUAUAUAUUUUUUUAGAACAAGAACGAAAACUCUGGCCACUGGUUUGUCGUAACGAUACUACCCUUCGAAAUGAUUCGAGUGCCAAGUACCAAUUUCAUCUGCCGUUUCAACAAAUCUAUAGUCGUUUCACUCCAGCCAAAACCGAAUCCAAAUUUAUUGAAAGUUCCGUCCAUUUUAGAACAUUACGUCAAAUGCUUCUCAUCAACUGACCAGAGAUGGAAAUACGCCCAAUACAAUAAAGUCAUGAAUGGUGGUGUACCGCCGCCUUCAGCAGCUGUUCCAUUUAGAGCCAUCUUUGAAAGGCAGAUUUCCACUGAAGAUGUACGCGCAGUGGCUCUGAACAUAAAGGAUGAUUUGAGGCAUCUGACCUCGGCACCAAAGCCAGCACUGGCAUUAGGCGCAGCCGUACUGGCUCCGAUCAUGCUGCCGUCAGCGUACAUGGUGAUGGGUGGUGUGUACUGUCCAUCGUUGGCCUUCCUCCAGUUGGCCUGUGGGGCCGCUCUCCUGGCAUUUCACGGUGGAAGCCGAUGGGGUCUUCUGCUCUCCAAGAACGGUAGUGUGGACUGGAUUAAUGUCGCACACAGCGGCGUGCCCACACUUGUAGCCGGAAGCGCACUCGUGCUGCCGACAUCACUCUCGAUGCUUGUCAUAAUAGGUGGUCUGGCGGGAUCUACGUAUUUUGACGCUAGUCACCGUGGUUAUCCCCCUUGGUUCAGAGCAAUGCGGAUCGUGCUUGGUGCUGGAGCAGUUGUGUCCAUAGCAACUGUUCUGGUUUGUAGUCUGCUUUUGGAAACCAGCUGCAAACCAAAAAAGAAAAAAACUUGUAAAUGUCUUACAGAGGAUACGGAGACUACUGUUUCAAAAGUCGCGAAGGACAAUGAUAUUUAUUCAAAAUGCAAGAAGGAUAAUACUAACACUCUUUCAAAAUAUUUCAAGGAUAAAUUUAAUGGUACUACUGUUUCAAAAAGCAAGAAGGAUGAUAGUAAAUGUACUACUGUUUCAAAAAGCAAGAAGGAUAAUGGUACUAUUGUAUCAAAAUAUGAGAAGGAUAAUGUUCUUACUAUUUCAAAAUGUGCGAAGAAUAGUGAAUCUACUGCUGCAAAAAGCACAAAGGAUAAUAGUGAAUCUACUGCUUCAAAAAGCACAAAGGAUAAUAGUACUAUUGUUUCAAAAAGCACAAAGGAUAAUAGUACUAAGCCUACUAUUUCCAAAGUCAAAAAGGAUAAUGAUACUACUGUUACAAAAGUCGCGAAAGGCAAUGAUAUUGAUUCAAAAUGCAAGAAGGAUAAUGCUACUACUUUUUCAAAAUAUUUGAAGGAUAAAUUUAAUGGUACUACUAUUUCAAAAAGCAAGGAUGAUGGUACAUGUACUACUGUUUCAAAAAGCACGGAUAGUUGUACUAAGCCUACUAUUUCCAAAGUCGCAAAGGAUAAUGAUACUACUGUUUCAGAAGUCGUGAAAGGCAAUGAUAUUGAUUCAAAAUGCAAGAAGGAUAAUGCUACUACUUUUUCAAAAUAUUUGAAGGAUAAAUUUAAUGGUACUACUGUUUCAAAAAGCAAGAAUGAUGGUACAUGUACUACUGUUUCAAAAAGCACGGAUAGUUGUACUAAGCCUACUAUUUCCAAAGUCGCAAAGGAUAAUGAUACUACUGUUUCAGAAGUCACGAAAGGCAAUGAUAUUGAUUCAAAAUGCAAGAAAGAUAAUGCUACUACUUCUUUUUCAAAAUAUUUGAAGGAUAAAUUUAAUGGUACUACUGUUUCAAAAAGCAAGGAUGAUAGUACAUGUACUACUGUUUCAAAAAGCACAGAUAAUUGUACUAAGUCUACUAUUUCCAAAGUCGAAAAGGAUAAUAGUACUACUGUUUCAACCACCAAGAAGGAUGAUGGUAUUAUUGUAUCCAAAUAUGAGAAGGAUAAUGUUCUUACCAUUUCAAAAUGCGCAAAGGAUAGUGUAUUUACAGCUUCAAAAAGCGCAAAGGAUAAUAGUACCACUGUUUCAAUAACCAAGGAUAAUUGUAUUAAGCCUACUGUCAAAAGGUGCUAACACUCUAACAACAAAUGUGUGCCAAAAUAAACUUUAAAAAUACAAAGAUGAUGUAAUAGUAUAUAUGACUAUUCUAAAGAAAUUAUCAGUUAUUUUCAAAUAUUGCAGAAUAAGUGGCCAAGCAAGAUUGUUUUGUAUUUUAUAACAAUUUUUUACUAACGAAAACAAAACAUUCUUCCAUGUUAUUUUAUAAUUUAGCUUAAGCCUAUUUAUUGUUUUAUGCUUUGUUAAAUAGGUCUGGUAUAACCAGGUUAACUAUAUACAGUGUAUAAUCUUUUUUAUUAUUUUAUUUAUCAGUAUUUUAUUUAUUUAUUUAUUUAUUUAUUUAUUUAUUAUGUUUUUAAAAUUUAUUUUGUCAUUCAUAAUUAAGACCUAUAGGAAUAGGUUGGUUUAAAAUGGGCAAUAAUGCUCGAAUUUGAUUUUUGAGAAGGUGCAUAGUUUAAAAAAAAAAAAAUUCAAAUGACAAAGAUAAACUGGCGUUUUUGUUAUUAUUUUUAAUAAUUUAUAUUUGUAAGCACUUUCACCAAAUUUCUGUACAUUGAGUAACCAGUACAUACUGCAAAUGGGGAUUAAACUGCUAAGGUAAUGUCACUAUUUUAUAUUUUUAUUUUUAUUUUAUUUUUUAAUAUUAUUAUUAUUAUUAUUUGCUCUGAACACAUAACUUGAUGGUAUAGCAGAUUUCCUUGCACUGUGGUUUUAUAUAAAUAAUAUUUUCAUAUACACGUACUUACCUUUUGUGACACCCAAUAGCCGAGGUGUAUUUUUGUACUGGAGUGUCGUUAAACAUGAAUUCAUUCAUUCAGUAUAGCGGAUUUAAAAUGUUCCAUAUAACGACACUGAAUAUUGUUUUCGUCUAAACAACAGGGUCCUAAUAAAUAUGCAAACAGACAACAACAACAACAAAAAAAAUCAAAAAUCGACAAAAGGAUAUAAAAGCAUGAAUACUGUCAAAGUAUGGUAUAUAUUCUAGCAUCACGAGCAGAUAUCAUUUUAAUCAGGGAUGCACCUCUAAAUGUUUAUAUUAAAGUUUCAUUAGUCCUUGAAUGUUACAAUAUAUAUUUAUAUGCCCCAUGAAUAAACUGCUAAAAUGAUA